AUGGGGAUGUCCAGGGUUUUAUUCCCACUUUUAACGCUCGCUUCCAGCGCUCUGAGCGCUGAUCUGCCGGCGAUUCAGAUCAAGGGCUCCAAGUUUUUCUACGAAAACGGAACUCAAUUCUUCUUCAAAGGAGUCGCCUACCAACAGGACUCCUCCGCCAAUGGCGCAGAACCGACAAGUAGCAAAUUCGUCGAUCCGUUGUCGAACGAGGCCAACUGCAAGCGUGAUAUUCCCUUGUUGAGCCAGCUUGGGACCAAUGUCAUUCGAACCUACUCGAUCGAUCCGACGGCAGAUCACUCUGCUUGCAUGAGCCUGCUGAAUGAUGCGGGUAUCUAUGUCAUCUCGGACCUCAGCAACCCCCAGCAAUCUAUAGUUCGCGACAAUGCCCAAUGGGACGUUGACACCUUCAAUCAUUUCCAGCAGGUAGUAGACAGCUUCGCCAAUUAUACAAACGUCAUUGGCUUUUUUGUUGGCAAUGAAGUCACAAACAAUGACACCAACACAGAGGCUUCAGCCUACGUCAAGGCCGCCGUGCGAGAUGUGAAGCAAUACAUCAAGGACAAGAAAUAUCGCGCCAUGGGCGUGGGUUACGCCGCAGAUGACGACGCAAGUAUCCGAAACCAGAUUGCGGCUUACUUCAACUGCGGACCGACAGAAGAGUCAGUUGACUUCUUCGGCUACAACGUUUACGAGUGGUGCGGCCAGAGUACUUUUGAAGAUUCCGGCUACAACAGGAUUCUCAACUUCUUCAAAGAUUAUUCUGUCCCUGUAUUCUUCGCAGAAUAUGGCUGCGACAAACCAAACGGCGCUGCCGGUCGCAUUUUCCAGGAAACAGGCGCACUCUACGCACAGAACAUGACUGAGGUGCUUAGUGGCGGUAUUGUCUAUGAAUAUUUUCAAGAGGAGAACGACUACGGUCUCGUCAAAGUUAGCGGCAAUUCCGUGAGCAAACUAAAGGACUUUGCCGCGCUUCAGAACCAGAUCCAGCAAGUAGACGUCAAGGGAGUACAGAUGAGUGACUACAAGCCCACCAAUACGGCUGAAGACUGCCCAACAGUGAACUCAACAUGGCAGUCGAGCGAAAAGCUCCCGCCCUCUCCCAACUCUGACGGCUGCAGCUGCAUGGCCAAGGCGGCCCAAUGUAUCGUUUCAAACAGCACGAAUGCGGAUGAUUACGGUUCAAUCUUUAGCUUCAUCUGCGGAUCGGAUCAGACUCUGUGUGACGGCAUCAAUGGAAACACUUCUACGGGUGUCUACGGCGGAUACAGCAUGUGCGGCAACCAGGACAAACUCACCUACGUCCUUAACCAGUAUUACUUGAAGCAGAACAAGGAUAGUACAGCAUGCGAUUUCAACAGCAGCGCUCAGAUACAGACAGCUUCGGGGACUCUGGACAAGUGCAAUGAGCUGGUCGGCUCAACCAACUCUUCGAGCUCGGGCAGCGGCUCAGAUUCGAGCAGCGGCUCCGGAAAGGACGAUGGAAACUUUGGUGCUCUGAACGCUCCUAUUCCCGGCAGUUGGGUGCUCGGCUUCUUGCUGCUGGCCACUAUUGUUAGCACAAACAUGCUGAGCUGA